CGUACUGUACACCGUUCAGUAUAAGCUAUCAGAAAGAGACGUAAGCCUUCAGAAACAAUUUCUUUCGUAUGUUUUUUUAUAUAUUUAUGGAACCGGUAUAUACUGGAAGAUGCUGAUACGGAGCCAUUUCCUUAGCGUGUGUGUCAUUAUCUGUUUUAUUGAAUCGGCCUUGAGUGUAAAGAAAGAUGUUGUUUUCGUCGUGGACAAGUCAGGGAGUAUUGACCAGUCGGACUUCGACACGGCUAUUGAUUUUCUCAAAGAUAUCAUUACCGCCCUGACCAUUGGUGUGAACGACGUCCAGGUAUCUGUGGUCAGUUUCUCUGAUACUUAUAAUGAAGAAUUCGACCUGAACGACAACGCGGAUCAGGCGAGUCUUCUUACCGCAGUCAAUGGGCUUAAAUCGUCCAUUACGACUAAUGGAGGAACUUUUACAGCCGACGCUUUGAACUAUGUUCAGAGUUCUUCAUUCACCACGGGGAAGGGGGCCAGGACGGACGCUGAUCCCAUAGUCAUCGUUAUGACAGAUGGACUCUCUCAGAAUACAGCGCAAACAACCACAGCAGCCGACCUUAUCCGGAGUUCCAUAACAGGCAGUAUUAUCUACGUGAUAGGUAUAGGAGCCGACCUCAGCUCUACAACACAGGAACUGCUGAACAUUGCUAGUGACCCGGAUGCUGAUAACGUCUUGUAUGUCACAUAUUUCACGUACAUAUGCAACCUCGUUCCCGAUAUUGCUGUCAAAAUAGAUUCAUCGGUGUCCGUUUCUGUCGCUGGCGAUUGUGAACAAACGACAACUACCGUGUUUGUUGGAAAAGGUGGAGUAGUGGUGACAACUACAACAACUACGACACCCACAACAACGGCAGCUGCAGCCGGUGGAGGAGGUUCUAACAGCGUGCACAUGGCAGCUUCCUCAGACAGUGAUAACGACGACACUGCGAUCAUUGCGGGGGUCACGACAUCAGUCGGAGUGGUGGCUAUGGGGGCUGCAGGGGCAGGCAUGUUCUACAGGUACAAAAAGGGGCUAGGACCGUGUAACAAGGUUUCUUCUGGUAUAAAAACAGCAUGGGCAUAACAUGAUAGAUGUUCAUUUGGAGUUAUUAGGAGUUAUUUCAACAUCAUGGGAAACAAGCACGACUUUUAUUUCAAACCAAUGAACCAUAACAUUACACCGAGACAGAAGGAAGUGUUUUAUGGAAUACGUAAAUCGAUCGGUCAUCAUGCUAAUUGGGCAGACACUGUUACAACAGAAGUGCGCGGGAUGAGUCUAAUUUCAAAACUCGUAUCAUUGUCCUAUCAAAUGUUUUUAUCUUGUCAGAGUGACAUCUACAUUAUUUAAUUGACUUUGAAAAUCAUCACAAAUUAAGAAUUAAGAAAACAUGUAUAAGAACGUAGUUUUAUUUUUAAAAUAUGGAAAUGUGUUUGUUGGGUAUGGAAUUCAGUACACGCUAACUUAUCAAAUAUACGAGGUUCGAGUGACCUCGAGAAGGAAACAACAACAACAAAGUGGCAUUGGCAGGGAACCCGGAUGGACUGAGGGGGUAAAGGACACUGCGUAUAACCUACAAGCGCACAUUUAAGGUACAACGACGACAACCUUGUGGCGACACUUCGAAAGGUCCUGAGCUUGCUGUAACAGAUAGGAUACGUGCGUGCGCCCAUAGAAUACAAGGAAAAGAUAUAAUAUUGUAGUUGUUACAUAUAGGAGAUCUGUCGUUCCAAGGAGCAUUGAUACCAUCUGCUGUAAUGGUGUCCCAACAGAUAAAACAACAUUCGUUUUGUUUCGUUUUAGUUAAAGUUUGUGUUCAGUAUGGUAAUUUUAUCAUUCUGUAACAAUAAUUGCCAUUUCUAGAUGAGUGUCCUUGCAAGCGACUUGAAACCAUUAAUCGUUUAUGAAAAAAAAUGAAACGGAAACUAUAGCCCAAGUUUCCUCUGGCCCUGGCACCAGACAGUAAUUUUCAGAUUGAUGUCAGGUGUGAUCUAUCUGUCAAAGUCUUGCGUCGAGGCCAGAGUAAACUCGGGCAACGGAAACUAUUGAAACCCUUUCCUAUUCUUCAUUUUUCAACAUUUCUAAACGACGUAGAGUUAACAUAGCAGGAUCACGGACUUUGAUCUAAUCUGAUUCCGUGGCAGGACCUAAUCUUUAUGUUUUUCGAUUGGACAAUCAAGGAGACAUGAUCACAAUUUAACAAUUUUAUUAGAUGAUGUACUGACAAUAGUAUCGUCCACAUCGUAUCCACUGACACAUAGCAAUAUACAUAGAGACUCUCUACCUACGCCACAAACAACUCAAGCACUAGGAUGUCUGACGUCCGCAGUACUCACUCAGGUCAGUCAGGCAGCCACCCUACACUCUGUUACGUCAGGUAUGCAGAUAACGUUAUUCUAAAAUUAAGUAUUUAUUAUUAUUAUUAUACUUUAAAUCUUUAAGUUGUACGUUUCAAUUAGCGCAACAUACACAAAUUUAAUCACAAAAUAAUGUGUUUUAUCAUUAAAAUGGAAACAUUCUCAAUUUCUGUGUUAAAAAAUCUAGACUUAGUGUAAAAAAAAAUGUUUUUCCGAUUACUUUUUGCAUUAAAGUGAAGAUGAACAUUUACGAAAAAAAGUCAGUUUUUUCUUUUGCAAAUAAAAAAUUCUUGAGUUAACAUUCAGAAAUAGUCUUAAAAAUUUCACAAUUAAAGGAAAUCAUUUUUAUGUAAUUUUUUCAUAUUUUUGAAGUUUUUAUAAAUCUAGAAAUAUUAAUAUAUUUUUCAUAAUUGAUAAACGAUUAUCUUAAACCCUUUUUGUCAAACAUAGAUGAACAUAAUGCCUGAAUUCAAUAACUUAGAAGACACAAACAAAGGUAGCGCGCGUGGGGACAGCCCUGAUUAAUAGAGUGUACAGUGGACAGCCUUUCACGGUUGUUCCUGGGUAAAGAACUGUGACGGAGACCACUGUAUAGUAACUGUCUUUGGCAUCGCAAUAUUCAAAUGCUGGAUUUACUUGUGACAGAAAGGGAAUCACACACAACAAAUAUAAAUAUCAUUUUUUCCUCCAUAACAGACUCCUCCUUCCAGGAAUACAAGUUACAUGUGUAUAUGUACAAAUAGAUCUGUUCAAUGCAUUCACUAAUAAAACAAUUACUGUUGAGGCAAUAAAAUCAAUAUCAAAACAUCACGUAUGAUGUUAAUCUGUACAGUAUCAACAAAUACAGGCAGUAAAAUUAAAAUACAGCAAAACAAUGGCGACUUCUAUAUCAGAACUUGGCUUAACUCAUUCAC